AUGCUUCGUAAAGCUGGAAGUGCAGGAGCUAAAGAUCUCGUCCAAAAAUUCGGUUACCCCUUGUUUGUUAAUAAUAUUGAAGCGUUUGCAAAUUUCAGAUUAGGAUGUGAUGUGUCUUUUAUUUCCGCUGUAGGAAAUGAUCAAGAAGGGCGGUAUUUCCUGGACAGCUGCCCUCAUAUCGUAAGUAUUUCAUUUCCUAUUUACGUUCCAAUGUGGUAUUUACCUGACCUCAUGGAAAAGCUUAGUCUUAUGGUAUCCUAUUCCACUCUUUCAAUGUUGCAGGAGCCUUCGAAUGUGGAGUUUGUGGAAGAUUUGCCAACAGCCAAAUAUAUGUCAGUUAAUAUUGGUGGAGAAGUGCGAUUUGGUAUCAGCUCUAUCGGAGACAUUGUUGAAAGAAUUUCUCCUGAAUUGGUCACAUCACAUGAAAACCUCCUAUCUUCUGCAGAUUUCAUCCUAUUCGAUGGUAACCUCUCAACUCAGACUAUCAAGAGAAUAGUUGAUCUAUCUACGUUCUACCACAAAAAAGCCUGGUUCGAACCGACAGACAUUGCCAAGCUUCGUAAAAUUUUUGAUAGUGGUGCUAUGGAACAGAUACAGGUCAUAUCACCAAAUGCUAACGAAUUUCGUCAAAUGGUGCAAAGAAGCGGUCUCGAGAUUUCAGAAAACGUACUUCACUCACCUUAUCAUGUAUGCGAUUUCGUAUAUUCCAAUCCACAAAUCAUGUACAAUCUGGAAAUGCUCAUUGUAACCCUUUCAUCGCAUGGAACGGCAAUCAUCUUUAGGAGACCUGACGGAAGCAUCUCUUCAUCACUCUUACCUACCCCAUUAGAACGUGGCAAAGUCGUUUCCGUGUCGGGAGCAGGAGAUAGCCUAAACAGCGGAAUCCUAGCCGGGAUGGUUAACGGCUUACCUAUGGAGAAAUGUUUCCGAGUCGGCCAAGCUUGCGCUGCCCUAACUCUGCAGACGACUGAAGCGAUCUCACCAAGCAUUACACCUCAACUGCUUUCCGUAUAA